AUGAAUACAACUAGAACUGAUGAAGUUCAUCAAUAUCAUCAAAAUAUAAUAAAAAAUAAUUGCCUGGAUGAUAUAAAUAAUAUUGAUUAUUCAAGCAAAAUCAAUUCACCAAACACAUCAUUAUCCUUAACAUAUACUUCAACAAUGAAAUCUCCUUUAUUAAAUCAUGAAGAUUCUACAUAUUCUACAUUAAAUCCUUCAAUAACUUCAAGAAUACAAACUAAAUCAUCAUCAUCAACAAGUUUAACAUGUACAUCAUGUCCUAUAUCUUUAUCCUCCUCCUCCUCCUCAUCAUCAUCAUCAUCAUCGUCGUCGUCGUCAUCAUCAUCAUCAUCAUCAUCAUCAUGUUGUUAUUAUUCAAUAUCACCAUCUAUUUCAUCUAAUAGUAAUAAUACUGAUAAUAAUCAUCCUAUACAUAAUACCAUAGAUGAUUACAUUCAGCCUUAUCAACAAAAUCAUCAAUUAAUUACAUCAUCAUUUAAUCAUUACAAUAUUCAUGAUAAACAUUUAACAAAUUCAUUUCAAUCUAAUCAAUAUGAUACUCAACAAUAUUAUAAAAUAUGGCAACAAUCUAAUGGAACAAUAAAUGAUGAUACAUUCAAUAAUAAUAGUAAUAAUAAUGAUCAAUUGAAUAGGUUACAAGCAUGGUUAAAAUGCCCUUUUGAUGAAUAUGAUAAUAUAAGAUGGAAUUCACAAUUGUUAUGUAAUACAAUGAAAACAUCAAAAGGGUCAUUUUUUACAAAUUCUGAAUCGAUAUUAACAAUCCCACCAAUCACAUCAACAGUAGGAACAAAAAAUGGAAUAAUAUACAAUCCAAUAGAAUCAUCAUAUUCAUCAUCAAUAUCUCCCAACAGUAUUGAAUGUACCAAUAUGAAACCAGUUAAUGAUAAUAAUAAUAAUGACAUAGAACAUUUUAAUGAUUGUGAAUUAAAACAAUAUCAGAAUAAUCAUCGACAAAAUACAAUAAUUAAUCAACCACAAACUUCAAAUCAUAAUUAUAAAUUUACUAAAUCAUCAUUUGACUACUUAAAUACUAAAAUAAGUAAGCAAAUAUUUAAUACAGAAGAAUCAAAUAAUAAAUUAACAAAUAAAACAGAAUCAUAUCAACGUACAAUUAAAUAUAAUGGACAUAUUAAAAAACCAUUAAAUGCAUUUAUGUUAUUUAUGAAAGAAAUGCGUUCACAAGUAAUUGCUGAAUGUACAUUAAAAGAAUCUGCUGCAAUUAAUCAAAUAUUAGGUAGAAAAUGGCAUGCAUUAUCUAGUGAAGCACAAGCAAAAUAUUAUAAAUUAGCUAAACAAGAAAAAGAAUUACAUCAACGUCUUUAUCCUGGUUGGUCAGCUAGAGAUAAUUAUGCUACACAAGUAAAACGACGUAGUCGUGCUACUAAAAUUAAUCGUACUAUAAUGGCAACAACAACAACAACAACAACAACAGCAAAGACGACGGCGACGACCACAACGACGACAGUCAUGACAAUACCGACGAUAGUAACAGAUCCUAAUAUGCUCGGUAAUCAUUAUCAUUCAAAUAAAAUACAUUCUUCAUUUGCUAAUUCUGAAUUAUGGUGUUCAAUUAAUCAUAAUCACAAUAACUUUCAUACAAAUAACAAUGAUAUUUAUAAUAAUAAUUGUAAUUACAUGCACCAAUCAUUAAAUACAAAUCUUGAACAUGAAUAUAAUAUAUCAAAUAGAUUAUGUCAUUCAACUGUUCCUUUGAAUAAAAUCAAUACUACUACUACUACUACUCUUACUCCUACUUCUACUACCAAGGCAACAACGGAUUAUGAACGAUUGUAUAGUUUUAAUCAAUCCACUAUAUUUCCAUAUUCACAGUACAGUAAUUUAAGUUAUCGUAAUCUAUUAACAUCGAAUCAUUCAACAGAAUUGAAUUCUAUUCAAUCUUCUAGUAUAAAUCAAUAUACUCAAUUACAUUCUAUGAAUAAGUCAACGAAAGUUGAUUAUGCAAUAAAUUCAUUAAUGGAUCUAAAUUAUGAAUCUGUCAUUCAUUUAAACGAUAAUUCAAAAGAUCAAAAUUACUCAUUGAAAUAUUCAAAUAAAUAUGAUAAAAUACCUACAUCAUCAAUCAAUUCUACAAUAGAUCAAUUUAAUAUAAGAAAAGAUUCAUUAUAUCCUAUAGAUAGAAGAAAUUAUACUGAAACAGCAAAUACUACUAAUACAUUACAUCAUUUAUGGUUAGAUAAUGAAUCGAUUCAACAAGAAAUCAAUUCAUAUCCAUGUUGUUCAACUUAUUAUUUAGGAUUCUAUUCAACAAAUGAUUAUUUUACAUCACAAUUAACAGAUACUUUACAAUAUGAUAAUACAAGAUCAGAUUUAAUUGAUUCGGAUCAAACUAAUGAAAUACAACAGAAUACUUACUUGACAAAUACAUCAUAUUUACAAUAUAAUAAUAAUAAUAAUAAUGAUCAAAAUAAAGAAUCUAUAAAAUAUACUAAUAUAGAUCCUUAUAAAGUUCCUGAAAUUAUACAUGAAUAUGAUACCAUUUCAUCUGGAACCUUUAGUCAAAUGAAUGAUAAUCAUCAUCAUCCUCACCACCAACAACAACACCAUCACCAUCAUAAUGAUCUAUUCAUUAAUUCAAAUGAAUCAUUAUUAACCAAUAAUGAAUAUACAUAA